UGUUGCUGAAGGCAGGGGCUGUGUCACAGUAGGGACAGCGGCUUUGUCACAGAGGAGCCCUUUGUGACACCCCACUGUAGCCCCUGUGCUCAGUGUCCAGCAGGACAGGACAGGAACACAGAGCUUGCGAGGAGUCUCUGCUCAAAAGCCUGAGACCUUCCCUGCUUCCUCAGCUGCCUGUGGUGCUGAGGUUUUUCCCCAAAGAUUCUCAUUUCCCCCUUCACCACUUCCAGCCUUUUCCUUCCUGCUGAAGGAUGGAGAAGAAACCCCCGAGGCAGCCCAGGGUGGCCUGGCAGGAGGACAGGGAUCCCCAGGAAAGCAGCUCCCCACUGCAGCCCUACAAGGUGACAAUUGUGCAGCCCCUGCAGGCGGAUUCCAGUGAGUUGCCCGUGUAUAAAGAGGAACAGGAGGCCAUGGCAUUCAUCCAGACCUUUGUCAGCCUCUCUUGCCCGGUAACCGCAGCCCGUUGGAUGGUGGCUGUGCCCUGCUGCUCCCCCAGGGCUCUGGUCCUGCUGGCCAUGUGUCCCCCCCCUCAGACACCCCAUUGUCUCUCUGUCCCCUGGCUGCCAGAGGAAGGACACCAAGCUGAAGUUCCUCGAGAGCAUCUGCACCCUGUGCAGAAGCGCCACAGAACGCGGCUCAUUGCUAGGCCUGGAGCUCUUCUGCUGCAGACACAAACUGGCAGAGAAGAUCAAGGAGCUGCUGAACGAGGAUCCCCAGAACCAGAUGCGCACGGAGGUGCGGCUGCUCGCCUUCUCGGCCAUCAUUGCUCUCAGCUCUGUGGUGUCGGUGCUGCAGGACAGCACACAGCUGAUGAGCUCCUGCUUUCGGAGUGUCCUCUGUCUUCCUCCAGAGGAGGAUGUGAUGACCCUGGAGGCUUCCCUCUAUAUUCAACCCUGGAGGCCAUGGACACCAUGCUGAAGGCUGUGGUGCACAACUCUCCUGGCAAGGUGCUGCAGGACAUCUUGGAGGUGCUGCUCACCUUCACCAACUCUGAGAGAGCAGUUGUGAGGAAAAGGGGCUUGGAGAGGAUUUGCCUCCUGAGCCAUUGGCUGGCUGGCUGUUCCACCCCGGAGAAUGAGGAAAGACGUGACGCCUGUGCACGGAUCCAGAUCCCAGUCCUCAGGAAGUUGUUUGGACGCCUCAUCCUCAUGUCAUUUGAGGAAGAGAAGACCAACCUUGUGGCUCUGGAUGCUCUCUUUGCCCUCUUAAAAUUCAUCUGUCACCAGAAACGUGUGACACUGCUGGAGGGUGCUGCACAGCUCCAAGCACACUGGGAAGCUGGGCUCACCUCUUUGCUUCAUUCUGCCAGUGCCGAGGACUUCAUUGAGGCUCUUGCAAAAUACCUCGGACCUUCCGAGAGGACAGGCAUCAUCCUCUCAACCAUGACAGAGUUCCACCACUCAUCGACCUGCCAUCAGCAGGUGUCUCUCAGCAUGUUGGAGGUGAUUGCAAGAGACCCUGACCAGUGGCUGAUGGAUGUGCCAAACAUCGUGAACCACAUCUACCACACCGGGUUGGUGGUGGACACCCAAACCCAGCACAGCCUCCACACCCUGCUUCUCCUGGUGGCUGACAGGAGCCCUGGGCAGGUGGUCACAACGCUGCUGCAGAUCGCUCCGCCAGGAGAGAGGUCUGGCCCAGGCCCUGCUGACGGUGCUCUGCCUCGCACCAAUGCCCUCAGUUUGUGGGAGGUGAUGCUCUCGGUGCCCCAGACCGCGGAGAAGGUCUUGAAGGAGCUGCGCAUCCAACUCCGGGACCAUAAGGAUGGCAUUUUCCAGACCUCUGAGGAGAACAUCUGCCUGACUUGCGUGGCUAUGCUGGCCUCUGAAGACAUCCAAGAGGAGGAAUUUGCUCUGUUGUACAAUACCUCCAGGUUUCUGGUGUAUUCAGACAACAACACAGAUGCACAGAUGCUCUCCCUGGUGCUCAGGGCCCUCAUCACGCUGUCAGAGAGGGGUGACAGGGCGAGAAAAAUGAAGGUCCUCCUGCAAGACCUGGUGAACCUGUUGUGGCACAACUAUGUGUCCCUGGCCAUGAAGGCCCUGACGGUCCUGCAGAAUGUGAUGAGGCACUUGAGGAAGACCGAGGCCAGCUCCAUUGCCGUGGGCCUGGCCAAGGCGCUCUGGCCGUACUUUGAUGAGGAGGAAAGCUGGGUGCGGGAGCGCAGCAUAUGCUCCUUCCGAGACCUGGUGAGGAUGGUGCUGGGGAAGGAGAAAAGGUGGAUGAAGAACUACGUGCACAGUGUCCUUGCCCCGCUCAUCCUUCGCAUGAAUGACAAGGCGCCCAAAGUGGGCCAGGCCUCCAGGAGUGCCCUCCUUGCUAUCGCAGAGCUCCUCAAGUGGAAGGAGCUGAAGCAUGUGGUGAAGACACAGCAGACCUGGAGGAUGGCUGACUGCUUGAUGGAAAAGAACAGCAGCAGGGCUGAGCAGUACCUUCAUCAGAGCCUGCAGUACCUGAGGGACCCUCAGGAAUGUGUGCAAGACUGGAGCAUCAGGUUCAUCGGGACCAUCACGCGGCAUCUCAAGGACCAAAGCAAGGAGCUGACUGCUCUGGUCUUCAGUGGUGAGCAGGGAUUGAGGGCUGGAAGGGUGUAGAGGGUCUCUGCAAACAUGGGAACUCAUCUGGGUGUGAAAGCGGCAUGCAAACAACGACACGGAGGCAGGAGGUCUGCAGUGAAAAGCUGCUCCCCAAAAAGAUGGUGAGCCUGUUUAUUUCUUCCAUUUUUAUACAUUUGUGGGUCUGGUUGUGGAUUGGCUUCUGGGAUUACUAUCCCUUCACCCCACUGGCAAGACCAGCUGUCAACCAACACUAUUUUCAAGCUAGAAAUGUGUAAACAAAGGACAGUGAACAAAACCAAGAAAGGUUGUUUAUGUUCCAAAGUGUGAGAAAGGGAAAAACCACUUCUAAUAUUGCACAGAGGCUAAAGAACUGACUCCAUCUCAUGAACAAGUAGAAGGCUUUAAAAAAAGUCAGAAAAACCAGGGUAAUAUCUGGGCUCUGUUUUGGUCACAGAACUUCCUUGCAAGAAAGUCCUUGCAAGAAGAUGGGUGUGAAUUCAUCCGUUGCCUGGCAGCUCAGACCAGCUUGAUCCUGGAGAGCCCGAGCGAGCAGCGGACAUCGGGAGGGUCCCGUGGCAUUCUGUGGUGCUGGUGCCGCUGAACUGGGGGCCUGCCUGGUGCCCAGAGUGGGACAUUCAGGCAGGACUGCUCAGGGACACCCUCCCACUGCUUCACAAGGUGCAGAAAGGACUCCCUGGCUUCCUAAGGUCCUCAGAGAAGGCUCUGGCUGUGGCUGAAUCCAACCCCAGACCUGGUCAGCACUUGAUUUCUGAAGGGUCACACAGGCGUUGUUGAGCCUGGAUAUUAAUUAUUUUGUCCUAGUGAUUAUGGCUGGCAAGCCAACUAUAGUUUUGUAAAUAAAGAUCGUUUUUUGUUUCAAUAACAGCUUGUCAGUUUUCUUUUCAGACAAGGUGACCCACCUGGUUCAUCAAGGAAAGACAGCAGAUGUAAUCUUUUGGGAUUCCAGCAAAGCGUCCCAGACUGUCUCUCCCAAAAUCCUUCAGUGUGGACGCUGAAAGCCUGGUCAGAAGAGAAAGUCAGAUGGACUUUGCCAGGCAUUUUCUCUGGGGGAGCUGUGAGAAGACAUUCCAAACAAUUUCUAAUCUUUGCACCUGCUA